GGCACCAUGUGCCAGAUGAUUGCCCAGAACUUUGGCCCGCAACACUUCUCCAGCGGCCACUUCUUGUGGGAGAACAUCAAGGCCAGCACGGAAGUUGGUGAUAUGGCCAAGCAAUACCUAGAGAAAGGCCAUUUGGUCCCACAUCAUGUUAUCACACGCCUGAUGCUCUCGGAACUGGAGAGCAGGAGUGGCCAGCACUGGCUUCUGGACGGUUUUCCAAGGAUACUAGUGCAGGCUGAAGCUCUAGAAAAAAUUUGUGACCUGGAUCUAGUGAUCACUUUGAACAUUCUGUUUGAGACAUUGAAUGAUCGAUUCAGCUGUCGUUGGAUUCACCCUCCCAACGGAAGAGUGUAUAACAUGGACUUCAACCCACCUCAUGUACAUGGAAUUGAUGACAUCACUGGUGAAUCAUUAGUCCAACAAGAGAAUGCUAAGCCUGAAGCAGUUGCUGCCUGGCUAAGACGGUACAAGGACACUGUAAAGCUAGUCAUUGAGCUAUACAAGAGCCGAGGAGUGCUGCACCAGUUUUUGGGGAUGGAGAUUAAUAAAAUCUGGCCUUACGUUUACACGCUUUUCUCAAACAAGAUCACACCUAUUAAAUCCAGACAGGCAUACUGAGCUUGCUCAGUGGAAGAACCA